AUGAGACAGUUUAGUUUGUUGCUUCUGUGCCUCCUUCGCAUCUCCAGGAAGGGUGUGCAGUCCAAUGGCUGGUCUGUUCAUGUCCCAUCUGAUGUUACUGGUGAGCUUGGGAAGAUGGUCAUCUUGCCCUGUACUUUCACACACCCCUACAAAACAUUUGAGCGGACCCUCACUGCCAUUUGGAGGAUCAAGGAACCUUACAAUGGCACGGUAGUUUUCAAGUGCAUUAGUCAGAGUGCCAGUGAGCUCUGUAAGACUGCCAUCAGCUACAAAAACAAAUACAAACUGCUGGGUAACCCCCGGCACAAGGACCUUUCCAUCAGGAUUGACAACCUGACCUGGAGUGACAGUGAAAGGUAUUUCUGCCGGGUGGAGCUGUCCGGAGAUAUCCACGACAAGUAUGAAAGCAGGAAUGGGAUCAAGCUGCAUUUGACUGCUGCCCCCAGGAUCAUCAACAUCACUGUCAGCUCUAACGGGGACCGCACCUUCCAGGCCCACUGCACAGCUGAGGGGGAGCCAGCACCCACCCUGACCUGGACAGGACCACUCUACAACAACCUUACCUCCACCACCAGCAUCAACCACCGCGUCACCAAGGAGCUCCGGUACCUGACCCACGAUGGAAAGUACACCUGUACUGCUGUCAACAGCCACGGGAGAGCAGAGGGGGCUGUGUACUUCUAUAAGUUCAAAGCAUCCAGCAGCUCCUUCUUCCUGAUCCUCAUCUUUGCCCUGCUGGGAAUUAAAGUGUUCAUGUUGCUGGCCAUGCUGGGCUUCAGCGUUCUCUCAAGAGGAGGUCCCUCCACUUCCCCAUCCAGCCUGGCACGGCCAGAGCUGCAAGACUCCACCUACGAGAACUUUGACCGCAGAUACGGGGGCAGCCAGACUCUGCCCACGGGAAGAGCAGCACUGAGACGCAGCUGA